UAAUGGUAAAGCCGGGGCUGCCUGAAUUGCUGCUUUUGAGAUGACAGCACCAUAUGUGGAUAUGGCUUACAAAUUUUACUUCUUUACCAAAUCCCUCUUCCUCUCCAUUACUCUUACACUGUCUCCAUCCAAUGUUGCACCGACCUUCUCACCCCAAUUCCUCUGUACUUGAAUCUCGUUCUUUUUCCCCUUUCUCUUCUCCUCCUUCUGCCGCCGCUGCACCCCCACCGCUGCUGACCGCCGCUUUCUUUCUUCAUUGAUUUCGACGACCUCUUCCAACCAUACAUAUGAGGCUGCAACUUUCUCCCCCUUUGUUGAGUUUUAGGUUGCUGGACGCAGGCAGCAUGGUCAGUAAUUCAUGGGUUGUACAAGUUUCACGUACCUACAAUUGUCGACCCCCCGCUGCCGCCGCUUCGUUCACCGCUUCGUUCGCCGCUUGUCGCCGUCGCUAAGAUUGUAGGCUGGCUGUGAUUUCGAGGUCCGUGACUGAGAAGGGUCGUGGUCCUAUGCCUCAUUUGAAGUUGGAAUGACUCUCUCAGAAGUCAGAACGUGAAAAGGUGAAUCCCAUUAUUUUCUUUACUUUUUAUGUGGCUGCCUUUUACUUGUCCGACCAAUGCUAUAUGGAAAUAAUGGAAGAGUUUGAAGAGUAGACAAACUAACAAAGAUGAUGUUGAUUGCCGUAGUGUGAAAAAAAAACCUAGGUGCCUUAAGCAAAUUAUUCCUCCAUUAAGAGAAGAUUUAAUUGUUUACUGAUCUCGUUAUAGUUUUGACUAUGGGGAAUAGAAUAUUCUGUUUAUUUGUUAUAUGUUGAUUGGGAAGAAGAUUAUUUUUUAGGCUGCAACUUUGCUGAAAUGUGUUGUCCAUUAUUUAUAGGUAUUGAUAUCCUCAAUCAAAAACAUAGUGUUGAAGAACUAAAAACAAUUUAUUUUCUCUCUGUUUUCGACAAUAUAAUUUUGCAGUGAAAAAUCAAUACUUGCAUACUAUAAUUUCUUUAAUAUAUAAUUUAUUAUUUAUAUAUUUGUGAUCUGGUAUAUCAAAUAUGUUUCUUGUCAAUAUUGACGGCUUGUUAUGGAGAUGAGCUUGUUAAAGCCAAUGAGAUUUAUAAUUAAUAUUAUACUUUUCUAUUGCUAAUAGACAAAUGGGAUUAGUUAAUAAUAUUCUGUGGACAUGUUUUUAAAUAAAAAAUGCUAAAGUAAUUUACAGUUCUUUAAUCAUGAAGACAAACAUGUAGUCAGUAAUCUUCAUACUGUAUGGGUCUAACUGUUUUUAUCCCUGUAGUUGCUAUGUAACUGUUUGUAUAAAAAAUAAAUUGUGAAAAGUUAGCAUCAAAGCUACAUUCUGGGAUUUAUGUUCUUGACAAUGGUCCAUUCACCACCCUUUUUGUUCGACAGGAGAGAGCUACUAAACUAUUUCAGAUGCACCGUCGUUCUAACCUCCGUUAAAGGCUACCGGAAUAAAGGCAUGCGGUACGAAAUAGGCGAUGUCUGCAGUGUGUGACCUCGAAACUGCCUCGGCCCAGGAACUGUUUGAAGGUAAUUUUUGUGCUUCUCGUAUUUUAUUCGAUGUUAGGAACAGUAAAAGUAAAUUAUGCCAUUUUACGUGUCUAUGGCUCUGAUAGGAAAAAUGAACUUCCAAGGGAAAGCUGAGGGAGCUACCGGUGAUGGUUAUGUCGUCGAAGAACGUUUUGCUCGCACUGAUAGGGAAUUAUAUGAUGUUGGAUUAAGAUUCUGCAACCUCUUCCUGCCACUGAAAAUCGAUUAUAGCCCCGCAACACCUUUCUUCCUUCGAUGCCCACCACCCACGCCCUGCAUUCUCACAUUUCAUUAAAUAUUAGAGAGCGACUGAAAUGCCGUGGUGUGUGGAAGUAUUUCUGGACUGACACAUAUAUGAAGGUGUAUAUAUGUAUCAGUAGAGUGAAGUUGCUCGACCACGACGUGCUAGCUUGAUUUUCACUUUUCUUUUAAUCUGCUCCCGCGAAAACGACGUCGUUUCAACGCCAACAAUUGUUGACCCUUUCAUUAAUUACUGGAAAACUCAUGUUAAACACUCGUUAAGCGUACUGAUUCUAAUUACGUAUCUAUCUUGUCUGUGCUUUUUUCUUUUGUUUUCGCUUAGGGUUUUUGUAGUUCUGAUUCUAAUUUUGUGGGUCAGUUUCAGAUUUGCAAAUUGCGCCGUAAAAGGGGCUUCAAGACUGUGUUUAUUAGAGGAGGGUCUGGUGGUUCUGUUAAUUCUAAUUGCAGAGGCCCCAUUCUGCUUCUCCUUCCAUAUCGACCUUUUCUGCCCAGACAACAUCUGAUGGCUUCAUCUGCUUUUGCUCCGACCUCCUCGUUCCUCUCCGGCAAGGUGUGCGCUUAUUUAUUUGUUUUCUUUUUGAAGCCAUUUCUGUUAAUUUAUUUCGUUAUAACUUAUAAGAGGACGGGCAGAUAAUGACAUUAAAGAUGGAGGUCUUGGAAGAUCCAUUUGAAUUCUAAUUAUAUAUAUUUAACACCGUUUCGUAUUUCCCCUCCAAUCAGCAUCCGCAAUUAUUUUCUUUUUCAUUUACGUUCCAAGCAGCUCCACGGUGUACUGUGUUUUUAAGCUUUUGCGGCAAGCAAUUGUGAAAGAACAUUUUUCGGUUUCGUAAUUUUUCACUUGUGGUUGCUCGACGAGAGAAGUGUACGAACAGGGAGCUAAGGAUGUUGCGCUUUCGGUUAUUAGUGGAAUCAAUUACGAGCAGCGGAAAGACGUACACGAUGAUUGGAAUAACUGAAUACGCACUACCUGACAUAUAUGGAUACAUACAGAAGCACCAAGAAAGAGAUUUUGUGUUCAAAUUCUCUGCUAUGGAGAUCUACAACGAAUUGGUGAGAGAUCUACUCAGUGUAGAUAACACUCCACUAAGACUUCUCGAUGAUACAGAGAGAGAAACCACAGUCGAGAAGCUGACUGAGGAGAUAUUAAGGGACUGGAGUCAUGUGAUUCAUCUCCUUUGUAUAUGUGAAGCUGAAAGAAAAGUUGGAGAAACGUCGAUUAAUGAAAUGAGCUCGAGAUCCCACCAAAUUAUUAGAAUGACUAUUGAAAGCUGUUCUCGUGACUUUUUAGGAAGGGACAAUGCGAGCACUCUUACAGCUGCUGUGCUUCGGCUUGCUCUUGGUCUCUCUGUUCAUAUACAGGUUUCUUGCUGCUUCGAGAAUUACAUUCAUUUUUUUCUGGUGACAUUUACUUUUUACACCUGAUUUUAUUUGGACGAGUGAUUUCUGAGACGGAGAUGAGUUCGGCCACGUUUGUUGAUGGCGCCACUCCGAAAAUUAGCUUUGCGCGUCCGACGACUUCUUUUGCUUUACGGCUCUUGUAUAUAUUUUUUUGUGUUACGACUUACUUUGGUUCGUUUAGGUUUUCGUAUAUGUUUUUCUUCGAGAAUUACAUUCACUUUUGCUGGUGACAUUUACUUAGUACACUUGAUUUUAUUCGGCCGAGUGAUUUCUGAGACGGAUUUGAGUUCGGCCACGUUUGUUGAUGUUGCCACUCCGAAGAGUACCUUUGCGCGUCCAACGACUUCUUUUGCUUUACGGCUCUUAUAUAUAUAUUUUCUUUUUACGACUUACAUUGGUUCGUUUAGGUUUUCGUAUAUGUUUUGAUUAUUUCAACUUAAUAUCUUAUUGCUGUUUUGAUGUUUGUAGAAAUUGUACGACUCGCAAUGAAAAAAUCAGGCUGCAUUAUAUGACAGCCAAGAUUUAACAGAGGUGAAAUGCGUUCUUGUUUCUGUUACUCAAUGUACUUCAUUUUUAUUGAGUUUAUUUUUAUCGGUUCCGAAAUUACGGAUGUUUAUUGUGCUCUAAAUUUUGCUCACGAUUCUUUUCAAAAUAGGGUUGCUGAUGUUUUGUUUCUUCAGCAACCACCACCAGGUUCGCUUUGAUUAAUUUUUUCUUCACACCUCUUUUUCCUUUGCGUCCACUUUAAUCAGGCCCCGUAAAAGGCCUCUAUAAUUCUUCAAUUCCAUAGGUGGUUUUUGACUCCUUGUUUCUUCACAUUCUUGGAGCUUACUGACCGCCCUCAGCUGGCUCUUGGGUCUGGUUACCUGGUCGUAACAAUAAUAUUCCGCAAAGUUCCGCCAUAAAAUUAUUUCCAAUGGCUAUUUUGGUUAAUGCGUAUGUAUAUCUUUUUAUUUGCACAUAUUUAAUAUUUUUCACUGUCUUUAUCCGUUCUGCGACAUAAAUUUUUUUUCUUUCC